UUAUUAUUAUUAUUAUUUUUUAAAACAACCUCCCCGUUGUUUCUGCGCCGCACCACGAUGGGCAGUGAUGGCGGGAGUGCCGUGCCAGUGGGAGUGGAGCCCAUGCCCGGGUACUGGGAGCUCCUCAGCCGAGGAUCCAGCGUCAUGCUGGGCGCAUGGAGGGACUGUGGCGGCUGCGGCGUGAAGCUCUCCAAACAGACUCUCCUGGAUAACGCCUACAUUACCUGGACCGAGGUCGCCCUCUUCUUCUUGUGCGCCUUUUUGUGGACGAUGCUCAGGCGGGGAUUGACAGAAAGUCUGUUUAAGCCUCUUGCACAGUGGUGCAGGCUGCUGCCCAAAGAUGCUGCCAAGAUGCCGGAGAGUGCGUGGAAGCUGGUCUUCUACACCAUGUCGUGGUCCUACAGCAGCUACCUGCUCUUCUUCACCUCCUACUCCUUCUUCCACGACCCUCCCUCUGUCUUCUACAACUGGAAGAGCGGUAUGACCGUGCCUACAGACAUCGCCGUAGCCUACUUGAUCCAGGGCAGCUUCUACGGCCACUCCAUCUACGCCACCAUCAACAUGGACACGUGGAGGAAGGACUCUGCUGUCAUGGUGGUCCAUCACAUCAUCACGCUGGCACUCAUAUGCUUCUCUUACGCCUUCAGGUACCACAACGUGGGGAUUCUGGUGUUGUUCCUGCAUGACAUCAAUGACGUCCAGCUGGAGUUCACCAAGCUCAACGUCUACCUGAAGUCCAGAGGAGGUGGCUAUCACCUGAUCAACGAUGUGCUGUCUAACAUGGCCUCCGUUAGCUUCAGCAUCACCUGGUUCUGGUUUCGCCUCUACUGGUUCCCCCUUAAAGUUCUGUACGCCACAUGUGUGUCCAGCAUCCAGUCGGUCCCCAACAUUCCCUUCUACUUCUUCUUCAACACGCUGCUCUUCGCCCUGCUGCUCAUGAACAUCUACUGGUUCUUGUUUAUUGUGAUUUUCGUGGUGAAGCUGCUAAAGGUGAAAGAGGUGAACGACGUUAGAGAGUAUGAAGACGAGGACGGCAAGAAGUCGGCUGCUGAGCUGCUCAAAGAAAACUGUGACGAUGAUGAUGAUGCUGGACAUCACAACUCUGCUCAGAGGAAGCACACGCAGAACGGUGUGACCAAAGACAAGCAUCUAUAACAGGCUCUCCAUCGCCCCCAGCUGGCUCCUCCUCCUCCAACACCGGUGUGUUCAAACAGAAGAGCGUCCAAAUAAAAAGAGAGUAGAAAAAAAAAGGAAAAUGUAGGUUUUUCUUUUAGUUUUUUUAGAGCCUUUCAUUUCCAUCUGAUUAGAGCACUGUGAAUGCUACUUCAGCUGACUUGUUGUCUUACCGUCGUUAGGGCUGGACUCUGACUUCACCCUUAAGGGAGAGUUUAGAUCUGCUCUGAACAAACAUCCUGUUUGUAAUAUGAGGGAAAACAAACAAACAGCUCCUUCAUCCUCCUCUUUAACCUCCAUCCAUCCAUCCAUCCAUCCACCCAUCCACCCAUCCACCCAUCCAUCCAUCCAUCCAUCCUCUGAGCCUGAACACAUGGAGAGGAACUCUGGUGGUGUACGGGAGUCUGCUUGGCGUUGUCCUGAGCUGCUUUCAUUUUUACGUCGUAGUACAAAGUCAGUGUUGAUCACCACACGUUUCUGGUUCUUUUGAACCCAGAAGCCAGGGACAGUAUUUGCAUGCUUUAGAAUGUUCAAAGAGUGGCUGCAGCUUUUAAAAGAAACAAACAAUAAAAAGCUUUUAUUUUGUAAGAUUUAAACUGAGAGUCCGGCUCUUGAAGUGACGAUCGUGGAUCAUUCACUUGGCAUUCCUGUUUUAUUACUUUGUUUGUGCUGCAGAGCAUCUGCCGCUGCACUGAUAUGAAGGCAAACAAGCUUAUUGCUGGUUUAAUGACAGCAAAAAAAGCUAGAAUUGAUUGACUGGGUGUUUAUUUUAAACUGAUAUAUAAAUCAUGUUUUCGACCAGAUCAUGACGGGGGGAGAUCGCCUAAAAAGAUACAAAUCAAGAGUAAACGUCUUUGAAUGCAUGACUGGAAAUUUGUCAAAAAUCCUCCGACUUCUUCCAAAGCAUCUUGUGGUUUUUAAAUACGAGUCUAAAGUCUCCGACCCAGAAAGCAGAGAGAAAUGAGUUUCAACUCCGGGGAAAGGGAUAGAUUUUAUUUGCUGCAUGUUUCUCUCAGUUCUACCUCCUCGAUCAAAUUCCAGCUUUUGUUUGGAUGAACAGCAUGCUUGUGCUGCUUGAGCGCGCCGCAGGUGUUAGAAGUUCGUAGAUUUAAAAAAAAAAGGGCGGGAGGCGUCUGUUUUCGUUUCGUCUUCCAGACUCCACAAAUCAACGUUUCAAUUAAGUGUAGACAGUUGUUCAUUUUUAGAUUUUUUUUCUUCUGUCGAGUACGAAUCAGUGCUCCGAUCAUGUUUUUUCAGGGACCAGCUUCAUCUCCGUCAACAUCUGGAUCCGUGCUGACUUUACUGUAAUCCCCGCACAUCUGUACCGCUGAUCCAACACGUUUAAACCGUAAGAACGGAUCUGUAACGUGGACCAGAUGUUCUUAAAGUCUGUCAAAGUUCUGCUCAACCUUGGAGUCAAUAAAAGCAGCGCAAACGGAUCCUAGACGUCUUCUCAGACGCCUCUACUCAACUCAUCACGGUUUACACACCUCAGGGGAUUUCUGACGUCUGUGGACAUUUUUAAUCAAUAAGCUUCUUUUUAUCUUUUUCCACUCUAAAAUACUGCGUUUCUAUUGAUUUACCCCCAAACGAAGCAGGGGUGGAGCUAGACCUUUUGCAAGGGGUGGCCUAGGUCUUUUAGGGUGGGGCACAUACGAUUAAAGAAAACUACCCUGGAUUUGGAAAUUCAAGAUGGCCGCCACAGCCAAUUUUAAAUGGCUCUAAAUCAGCUGUUGUAAGAUACAAUGAACUGAUUUGUGACUGUAUAUAAGAAUGAUCCAACAUUUGUUAUGCUGUUAGCCAAGAGCAAUCCCCGUGACAUUUUGAAAACUAAAGUUUAAGCUAAGUGCUAAAGCUAACUGGAGCAAAAGUUAUGUUUCAGCCAAUUUUAGACACAUAAAACGGAAAAUCGGUAUAAUAGUAGCCGACGAUAAUCCUCAAUAUAUUCUGAAUGCAAAUUGAAAAUUUAAGAUGGUCACCUCAGUUAAUUCCAAAUAACUAUAAAUCAGACAAUUUUAGAGCCACUGAGCUGUAACUUGGUGUGUUGGUAGCUGAGAGUGAUCCCUAAUAGACUGCAAAUCAAAAAUGGCCACCAAAGCAAAUUUUAAUGGCAACAACAUACAUGUCAAGAUGUACGGAUUGUCUGUAAUUUACAGUUUCCUUCAUCUUUCAGGUACACGGAAAUAUAGAGCAAUCUCACAGAUUUUUUCAUGUUUUACUUAUUUUUUCAAAAACUCAGUUUCAAAUUUAUUUAACGUCAGAGCCUGCAGGACGUAAAAAUAAAUAAAUAAAUAAAUAAACCCAACAAUAAAUAACAUCAAAUUACCACCUUCCAACCUGCUUUGCCGCCAGACAAGUUCUCCCGUCCUCAUUUCCUCCUUUCUUUGCACUGCUGCAGGUGCUGUCAUCUCGACAAACGGCCGUGUGAUUGAUACGGAUUUCUUGCAGAAAUUACAGAUUUUUGAGUCUCAUUAUACAGAUUAACGUUUGAAGGGGUUGACAUGUACAAUAAACCUAGCUCUUUUUGGACAUGUUGAGCUUAAAUCUGGUGUGGCAGGAGCUCCGGUCACUAACAUACAGUACAGUCAAAAUUAUACAUUUAAAAUGGUGGCCACAUGGCCGUCAGAGUUUUUAAUGAACUUUUCUAGUUGUUCGAUGUUCUUGCUACGUUACAGACUCGCUGCUAGAUGCUGCCCAGUUUUCACUAACGGGUUUUUAAACAGAAUUAUUACAUGUAACGGUUGAUUUAUAUUAAACUAGUAGUUUUUGUUUCCUCUUGGUGAGACAAAACAGCUGUUUGACAGGUACCUGCUCCAUUUUUGCUCUAGAACUCAUCUUUAAUUUCCACAUGUGAUCCCCGCCCACCUGUCAAUCAUUUUAGGGUGGCCAAUCAGGUGCCACCCCUCUGGCUCCACCCCUGAAAUUAUCGAGUUCCUAAGGAAAAUGGUGAAGUCAAAUUACAAAACGAUGCGCAUUUAUGCAAAAAAUUAUUCGUUUUAGCUGAUACACUAAAGAUUCAUUGAUUCAACCUCUCAACUGUUCGGUAUCGGCUCUGAUUUGUCAAGAUCAGCUAAAAAAAAUAAUCUAAUCAUAUUUGAUGUCUGCACAACAAAAAUCCAAUCGAGCAAAGCGUCCCGCAGACGGAGCAGUCAGCUGUUUUUUGUUUGUUUGCGUCGACUGCAGUGACAAGCUGAGACUGGGCUUUGGACAAUCAUUGCUUUUAUUGAGUUUUGUAAUCAGCAGUCGAACACCAAACCAGUCCAUACUUCCUGAGUCACUAUUAACAAAUAAAAAGAGAAACUUUGUGCAGAAAGUGAGAGUCUAAAGACUGAACAUCCUCAUUUUUUCCAUUAAAUCUCUUCUUUGAUGCUAUAAUUGUGCCAAAAUGUCCAUGUUUUUCUGACUGAGCUGGUUGAGGUGUGACGGGUUUUAAAGCCCUGCAGGUAUUUCUCACACAUCGCACUGUAAUUUAUUAUUAGUAUUAUUAUUUUUAUUGUUUGCGAUCAGAAUGAUAAAGGGAAGAUCUGGGCAAUAUUUAUUGACGAUAAAUUAAUGAUAAACUAAACUCUUUGAAUUAUUCUAUUUAACUUUUAUUUUUCAGAUUAAAUGUUUUCUGAUUGAUGACUACUUGAGAUCAGAUCUGUAUUUGCUCUUUUGUAAUACAGUUUGAGUUCCUGUCAAUGUGUUGUUUUUAUUUCCUCAUGAAAUAAAACAUGUCGGUAAACAACGACAGAGGCAUUCUGCUGGUUUUCAUGGUUUUAUUUUCUGUCAUGAUCAACAGAUAAUUCAUUGCAAAGAUCAAGUGUCACGGCUGAGGUGAAAACAGGAUUUCGAGAUCAUUUCAGUGCACAAAAAAACAAAUGGCAGCAAUAAAUUAAAGUCCUGUCACUGGGAUGGGAUCAGGGGUCAUGCAGAAGCAGAGCAAAGCAGAUAAACACCUUAAAAAUCAAUCAAUAUAACGCUAACGUUAUUUAUCCCAACAUUAUUGCUCAUUUUAGGACGUUCAGUUUUUAAUUUAUCAACUUAAAUCACUCAAAAAUAUAUAUAUAUUUUCAACAAACAGGGUCACACACCACACGAUCUGAUCGAGUAAAAAAAGAAAAAAAAAUUCAUGUUUGCUGCCUGGGAUCUUCUGCAGUCAGAUGUUUUCAACCCCCCUACCACCAUCCAGAAUCAAAAAUUAAAUUAGAAUUUAAAAAAAA